AUGAGACAUACUUCUGCCAUCUUUGCCAUUGGGGCUCUGGGAACCCAGGUCCAAGCUGCCACCACUAAGCUCUUGUCUGGUGCAACAAUCAUCGGCUGGGACGAUUCCAAGAACGAGCCCAACAUCAUUCAAGAUGGCCACCUACUGAUCAGUGGUGAUCGUAUCAAGACUAUUAGCACAUCCGAGCCCUCAAAUCUCCCAAACGACACAGAGAAGAUCGACGUCACUGGCCAAAUCAUCACUCCCGGCUUCAUCGAUACCCAUCGCCAUGGCUGGCAAACUGCCUUCAAGACGAUAGGUUCCAAUACCACUCUUGCAGAGUACUUUGGUCGAUAUGGCGAGUUUGCAGCUGCCCCUCACUACACAGCUGAUGAUGUCUACUGGGGUCAACUCGCCGGACUUCUCGAGGCUUUGAACGCGGGCGUCACUACUUCACUUGACCACGCACACCACACUUGGUCCAACGAGACUGCCUACGCUGGUCUCAACGCUUCCAUUGCUAGUGGUGCUCGAGUGUUCUGGUCGUAUGCCUUCCAUGAUGUGCCAGCUCUAAACUACACUGUGCGCGACCAGAUCCCAAACUUCAUCGAGAUUGCGGAAAGUGAGUCUUUCAAGGACAACAACGUCGAGCUUGGAAUUUCCUACGACUCUUUUGGGCCCAACCCUCCAGACGUAGCUCAAGAUGUUGCCCACCUGGCCAAGGAUUACAAUGUCUCUGUUGUCACGACACACGCCCUUGCUGGACCAUUUGGCGUCAACAAUCUCCCUGAAGAUGUCCACGCCCUUGACCUUCUAAACACUUCCAUCCCCGUUGUUUUCUCCCACGGUAGUUUCAUGACAGCAACUGGUGCGAACCUACUUCGCCAGACAAACCAAUAUCUGUCUAUCACACCCGAGUCCGAGAUGCAUUACGGUCACACUCACCCACACUCAUAUUAUAUCCAAGAUCAAGCUGCUCUCGGAGUCGAUACCCACUUUACCUUCUCCACCGAUAUUCUCACACAAGCGAGGAUCUGGCUGCAGAGUGCGCGCUACUAUUUCUUCGACAAGGUCCUCGACAACUUGGAGGUUCCCAACAAGAGCCCAAUGAACGUUGGCCAGGCCUUUUAUCUCGCCACCCGUGCUGGUGGCAUGGCACUGCGACGUAAAGACCUCGGAAUUAUCGAGGAGGGAGCCAAGGCUGAUCUAAUCGUCUGGAACGCAGCGGACUCACCUGCUCUCUUAGGUUGGGUUGACCCUGUGGCAGCUGUUAUGCUCCACGCUAGUGUUGCUGAUGUCCUGCACGUCAUGGUAGACGGCGAGUUCGUCAAGAAGGAUGGAAAGUUGAGUGCAUCUGACUACAAGGAAACAAAGAAGAGCUUCCUGAAGAGCGCAGCCAGAAUCCAGAAGAUUUACAAGGAGCUUGAGUAUCCUGAGCUUGAAGGCGAGUUCAAUGGUGGGGGCUUCUAUUAUGCUUCUCCAAGAAUUGUCAGCACUGAGACUGGCCUUGUUGAAAAGAGUGAUUAA